UCAGAUUGGGUGACUCAAUGUAAAACCAAAGACCGAACCUCUCAGCCAGAUGUUCUUGCUACAAGAACAUUUCGUGAAGCCACCGGCUGUCUCACUGGCAACACGUGGUGGCCUUCCCUGUUAGAAGACCAGAAGUGCCACAGCACAGAGGAGCCACAGAAGCCAGGGGAGCAAAAUGCGACCCAAGCUGCAGCUGCCCAGGGCAAAGGCGUAUCUCCAGCUGUAUCCUGUGGGUGUCACCAAGUGAGGGACAGCUUGAGGCUUGUGCCUUCGCAGAGAGAGUCCACAAGAAAAUACAUCCCGCCGUGUUCCUGGAAUAUCGUGACAUAUUGUCCCAUCUUAAACAGUCAUCAAGAAUUACCUAAAAAUGAUGGCUGUGAUGGCGUCAGUUGGCAGAACGGGCGGCUGGUCCCGCAAAUGAGAACAUGCACAGAGCCGAGAUCACACCCGUGGAUGGACAAUCAGAACCACGUGCGUCGUGGACACGAUAAAAUUGACACGGGAGUGGAUACUCAGCUGUGGGAUGCGUCUGGAAAAGCCUUCAGUGGAGACACAGUCCCCAAGGCACCCAGGACUCCCAGUGCAGGGAGAAUGCUCAUUUCCAACCAGUGUGGAAGCAACUUCAGUCACAACCCAGCCUGGACCUUGCAGGGAGGAUCCUCCUGUGUGAAGACAGAAGCUAAGAAACCAAGUGGGAAAACCUCUGCCCACGCUCACCAUUCUGGUCCACACAAGAGAACUAACACUGGAGUGAAAAGCUACAGGUGUCGCGAGUGUGGCCGAGCUUUUGUCUACCAGUCCUUUCUCAGGAGACACAUGGACAUUCACAUAGGCGAGCAGCCCUACGAAUGCCAGCAGUGUGGGAAAGCCUUCAGGUACUCCCUGCACCUCAAUAAGCACCUGACAAAGCACAUUGUGAGCAAGAACUACGCCUGCCAGGAGUGUGGGAAAGCCUUCCCCAAGUCCUCAAAACUCACCUCGCACAUCAGGACUCACUCGGCGGAGAGGCCCUAUGCGUGUGAGGAGUGUAGGAAAACCUUUACUAAGUCUUCAGGGCUCCAGAGGCAUCUCAAGACUCACAGAUGA